CAGUGCGAAACGGUUGUUUAGAGGCUUCAAAUCAAGCGAGAAAGUCCUGUCACCAUCACGAUCUUGGCUUGGCUUGGCGGGCGCUUAACAACCGGCAGCAUGGGCGCCUUCGCGUCUCGCCCCAGUGGAGACGGCGCCGACGGAACAGUCGCCAACAACCCGACGAAGAUAGGGUUCGGUCCAGUGACUGUUCUGCCGAUUCGGACGGAUGCGGAUAAGCCGCCGGGAAAUGUAGAAGAUCCUGAUGCGGCGCGAUCAGCGGAGGCGGGAGCAGCGAACGAUGGUGGGUCUCCCAAUGCCGGCCCGGACGAUAUGGGGGAUACUGUGAGAGUUCAGCGGGAAGAGGAGGCGCGCUGUGAAGCAGUUCAUCAGGCGCUAAAUGAUGAGGAUAUGCAAGCUCUCCAGAAUGUUUAUGACUAUGCACGGCCCCAUCGCCCGUCAGUACUCAUAUCUCGCAUCUUGGUGCACCGCUCUAGUAUACGCUUCGAACGGCUGGACAUCGCCCAUCCGUGGACAUCAGCUGAUGCAAUAACCAUCAUGGCCGCCUUCGCGAUGGAUGCAGAACGUCCUACAGUGGCUACCAUCAUGCUCACUACCAUCACCGACCCUCUCUUGCCCACAGCCGAUUCUGCGUGGCCGCCACCGCGUUCGCCCACGAUGCCCGGCACAACCCCCAUCCUCCCAACACCCGUGAACCUCACGGCCCAAGCCCCGCACGCAAUGCAAGAGGCCGCGGCCGUAAAUGUAGGCGCGGGGAUGAAUAUGCGCGUCAGGCUGCAUAUAACAAUGGAUAAGGCGAUCGCGAUCGCGGCGGAUAGCAUUAGGUUUACGUUGGUGGUUCGCGAGUUGCUGGCGCCGGAGGGUGAGAGGGAGUCCCAGGUUUUCAUCACGGAGGGCACGCUCAAGUGGGAUAUUGUGGGAGAUGUGACCAGGAUUGCUGUGCGGCGGGUUCGGCAAUCAGUGAAGAUCCACGACGUUGUCUUUUGCUUACAAGAAAUCUACGGCGCAUUCGCCGCACCACCAUCAACUCGUCCGUCAGUCUCAAGGCCAUUUCCACAGCCAGCGCCACCUCAUCCCCAACCGUCCGCCCCACCAACAGGCUCGUCAUCAGGCGCUCCGUCCAGCCGCAUCCUAUCUUCCUCUCCCUCCGGCUCAUCUUCACCCGCACCGGCACCAGCAACACCACCAGCCCCAAAUCCCGCAAUACAACGCCCACCUCCCUCACCCGCUCUCCGCCCAUCAACAAGCGCUUCCCAAAACCUCGCCUCACUAGACUGCCCCAUCUGCCUCUCGGAACAACGCUGCGUGAUUGUUCUCCCAUGUCGCCACCUCUGCCUGUGUCGAGAGUGCGCCGAGGCGGUGAUGAUGCAGGGCCGGGGCGGCCCGGGUGUAGGAAAGCCGACAUGUCCCAUCUGUCGUGCAGACGUCGAUUCCUUCCUCCACAUCCGCCUGCCGCCGUCCUCAACCUCUGAGACAACCGCCGUCGACCUCAUCAGCAUCCGCGCGACAACACCGCCCACCAUCGCCCCAAACAACGAUCACUCGCAAUCUCCAGCUUCCAUUUACCCGUCCCUCCGAGGGUCGGCGCAUCUUAGAUCUCAUCAGUCGCUUAAUGUCGUGGCCCCGGAGCCAGAUGAACUGGACGGUUUGCCUGCGUUGUUGCCGGAUGUGGAGAGUGUGAUUCUGGUGGACACGACGCAUCUGACUGGGACGGAUCAUCGUGAGGACAUCGAGAGGGGUGUGGAGCGUCCGUGGGCUUGAACCGGUGCAAUUUCGCUGGGAUAACCUUUCUUGCUGUAUUCGUUUCAAUUUUGGACAUCAUGGACAAGGGACUUGGACAUAUUUUUUGGAACGCAUAGUAUACCAUAUCUGAAUCACCUCAUCACAUUGACAAUGUACUUUUCGCUGUGAAAGAGAAACAAACGGGGGCCAAGUCCGGAGGCUAAGGAGACAAUAUCCCUUCUUUCUAUGUACACAUGGGACGAAAUUACUGCCUGUAAGAAAAGAUCUCGAAAGAACACACUGAGAAUCUACAGAUGGAGAGGGGAGA